AUGCAAUCGUUAUCGUUGAGCAGUACCAAGAGUCUGGCGGGAUUACGGUUGAUGGGUCAGGAAAUGAAGCUGAAGAGAAGGAGUAGCAAUUGCGUCGUGGUGGCAUGUGGUAAUAAUUCGGAUAAAGAGACUCCAACCUCGUUUCUGUCUCGGACCCAAACGUACGCUCUGUUGAAAAUACAAAUGGAAUUAGCGGCUAAAUUAGAGGAUUAUAAGGAAGCUGCUAGAAUUCGAGAUUCGCUUAGGUUAUUUGAAGAAGAAGAGCCUGUUUUGCGGUUAAGGAGGUUAAUCAAGGAAGCAAUUGCAGAUGAGAGAUUUCAGGAUGCAGCUAGUUAUCGUGACGAGCUAAAAAGAAUUGCUCCACACUCUCUUUUAAAAUGUUCCAGUGAUGCUACAACAUUGGGAGUCAGGGUUCAAGUCAGGAGUGUCUAUAUAGAAGGAAGAAGUCAGCCUUCAAAGGGGCUAUAUUUUUUUGCUUAUAGAAUAAGAAUUACCAAUAACUCAGAUGACACCGUUCAACUUCUUAGAAGGCAUUGGAUUAUAACCGACGCAAAUGGGAAAACAGAAAAUGUAUGGGGGAUUGGUGUUGUUGGUGAACAGCCGGUACUUCUUCCCAGGACUAGUUUUGAGUACUCUUCUGCAUGCCCAUUAAGCACAUCAAAUGGUAGAAUGGAAGGUGAAUAUGAGAUGAUCCAUGUUGAUCGAGUAGGCUCGCGUUCAUUUAAUGCAGUCAUUGCCCCCUUUUCUCUCGCUUUGCUAGGAGAUGAAGACUGUAAUACUAUUUGA